AUGGCACCAAGCUUGCAGGAGCUGAUUGAUUUCCUGCUGGACGAGGUUGCGCUCUGUGGGAACCAAGGCGCGACACCGACUGAUGUACUCAAGGCCAUCGGAGGGUUUUACCACAAAGCCUCUGAGGAUGCCCAACGACAUCAGGCUGUUGACGACCGCUUCAAAGCAAAGGUCUGGUCCUGGUUGGCGAGAAACCCUGAAGUAUCAGUGGGCAAGAACAAGGAGUGGAAUCAUCUCAGCCUGGAAGAGGUGAUCCAGCUUGAACCCCAGUCUAGCGAAGCUGGUGGUAUUGUCCUCAAGACAGAGCCGUCCGAAGAUCACAGCCAAAACAACGACUCCCUUGCAACAUCUGCCUCCCAAGUUCGGGUUUUCGUUUCCAAGGAACGAACGUGGUAUGCAGUCACUGGCCACGAGCCGGAUGAUACCAAAGUGGUGCCACUUGAGUUUGUGUUGUUGUCUAUCAUCGCCUCGCACAAAUCAAAUGGCAUUGCGCAAACGGACCUCGUGAAGCUCAGCGGCCAAGACAAGCGAUCUGUCCCCAGACGGACCGAUUACCUGCAGCAGAAGGGGUACAUCGAGAAACGUGCGAUUCAAGUCAAGGCGGCACGGACCAGUCUGUGCACCCUUCGGCGGUUCGUGCGUCCGACUACCGGCAAACCGACCGAACAAAAAUCCCAAGAAGCGGCUCAGGCAAUGGAUCUUGAAGCGUUUGUCAAAAGACUGUUCGAGAUUCUCCAAGAGUUUCGCCUCAUCACUCGCAAUGAUCUCAAAAGGAUUCUGGGCUUCGAUGACGCAUGGCGGUGGAGGAUCUUGUCGCGUGCUCUUCGCAAGUUCGAGCGCAUCGGGGUAUUGAAGCGUGUGCGGGCCAAGUCCCAGUAUGAAAAACUUCAUCCUUGCGUGAUGCUUCUCCGAGAUCCAACCACCAAAGACCUGGAGCUGUUUCAUGAAUACAAUGGAGACAUCUUGGACAAGUACGGAGCAGACGAUCGUGCUGAGCUCGACGAAGACAUGGAGCUGGAUGUUGCGGGGAAGGGAGAACCAUCUGGUGUAGACGAGGACGCCAUCGAUCUACAGAAAGAUGAACAGGUUGAGGAUGUUGCUCGAAUCAUACCGUCUUGGACCCCUGAUCGCACUCUCAACAAUCAGAUCUUCGAUAUUGUGCAGAGAACGGGAACUGCAGGAAUCACCAACCAUAACAUCAACCGAAUUUGCUUCGGAAGUUUCUUUCGCCGGCCCACAGAGAGUCUCUUGCAUCGCUUGGUCGACUGCUGGCAGGUAUCCCAGCCCCCGCAUCUUCGCCACCUGGCUAUCGUCCGGGAUACAGCAAUCGAGAGGACGGUGAUUUAUUAUGUUCACUACACGGCGAAUGAUUUUGCGAAGCUAGUUGAAGCUGGCGAGGCAUCUUGGGAGGCUGUUGAAUUUUCCGGCAAAAAGAAAAAGGCGAAUGAUUUCACGAUUCCACCCGUGGACGCAAUUGCCCAACUCGAUGAAUAUGGAUUUCCACAGACAGCUCACUUCCCAAAAAUCCUGAAAGGUGGAAAUGCUACUCUUCUUGAAGGCAUCAUGGCCCGGAAGCCGGCAGACUAUGUGCUUUCCACUAGCGACCCCUUGGUGAACCAACUUGAGAACGGUGCUUACGUGAUUCAAUCUGGCCCGGGGAAGCUUCCGCCUGGGGGUGUACAACGAUUCCAAGCCUCUUUUCGCCACAAGGGACGUCCUAAGGGAUCUGUUAACCGAUCAAGCCGGUUGCGAUUGGAGAAGUCCCAAAAGACUCCGGACGUGGAUGGCAAUGAUAACGUCGUGGAAGAGUCUGUUCCAGUAUUACCACUUACUAGGAGAGCCAACAACAAGUACGAUAGCCUGAAGGGUCUGUCUAAGAAGGAGAAGCUUGAGGCGCUCGGUCUAGACGAAACAUGGACAGAAUACAACGUGUUGCUAAUGGACCGCCCGACACCUGGUGUCUAUGUCACUCCCCGAGGGCGAAGAAGACCCGUAGGGAAAAGACAGGGUCGUCCGAGGCAGAGCCGGAUUGCGGUUUUCAGGUCGCCCAAAUUAACAUCACUCCCUUGGUUCGUGAAGGACACGGAUGAAUCCGACAAUGAACCAGCGGGUAUGGCAAAGGGGGCCACUCCAACUUCCCGUGCACCGGAUAGUACUGCUCAUGAUGCUACACCAUCAGCCAUCAGUCUCGAGGAACGCCUUCCUCAUGGAACCAUCGAAGAGACUCAAGUUACAACCAAAAAACCGAGUAGAGCCAAACGAAACCAGGCUGCUCAGGAUUCUCCAGAAUUACUUACCUCUUUCUCGAGAACCAAUCGGUCAGAAACACCGAGUGGAAGGCCUUCGAAACAACGUCGCCUUCAUAAUUCUCGAAAAGACAAUGACCCAUCGGUUUUGGCACCCACCGAGGAGACACCGCCAGAACAGACGGUGCUAGGAAGACCGGAAGAUGUGAAUAUCGCAACUGUGCCCAAAAGAAUGCCUAAAAGUUCUGCUGUUCACCGGCUGGAAGGCGAAGAAAACCAGGCAACUCCAUCUAAGCGACGGCGUCUUGGGUCUUCAGAACAAACCGAAAUCCGAGAUUCCUCGCCUGUGCCGAGAACACCAGUCGCUAGAGAGUCGUCCGUACAGCUUACAUCCUUUGUCGCUCGUGAAACACCGAAAACUGUGGAUGGGCAGCAGUCAGAAACCCCAAAGCUGCUAGUCGAGAAAGGAGGCUCCAUUGGCGUGCUUCGAAGGAAGAUCGUCAUGGAGAUUGUGGAAAAGGCUGGUGGAGCCUAUCCGACAGGAUCUGCUCUUUGGAAUCCUUUCACGACUGCAUGGCUCAAGAUGAAUUACAAAGAAAAGCCAGACAUGCGGACGAUCAAAUCCACGGUCAAGAGCCUGGUGGAUACCGGUCGAUUGCGACAGCUGACAUUCAGCGGUAAAGACAGCAAAGGCGUGAUGGUGACGAAGACUGUUUUGACGAAGCCCGAUAUGUCCCCGGAUGAUCCUCUGGUCAAAGAGAUGCAAGACAAAACCUUGGCCAGUGACCCUCGUGACCCACGGCCUUUCUUCUCGCCUCAUGUCCCAAUGGAUCCAGAACUUUCGAGAAGUGGAGCUCGACCUUACAUCCACAAAUUCGCGCUGCCAGUCGAGCCUGGCGCCGUCGUCAAGUUGCAACGGAAGCCUGCUGCUAUUCUAGCCGAGGAGGAGAGGACGAGGCGAAGGAUCCACAAACGGCUGGUUAAAAACAUGGAGCAGGAAGCAGGAGCUCAUGAAGGUGCUGGGCCAGGGUACGGACCCAAGCGGCUCAUGAAGAUCCAGCGACGACCGAUGCAAGAUUCUUCGGCAAAUGCUCAGACAUCGAUAUCUCGGCCGCACGCCGUCGGGGAACCCGGCAGAAAGCGCGGGCCUUACAAGCCUCGGGAGUCGGGUGGAAUCAAGCGACUUGUCAAGACCAUGUCCAGCAUUCGGGCAUAUGCCAUGUUGAUGAACCCGGAGCAAAAAUACCAUGCGAGUACUGGAACGUUUUCCACUGACUACAGAUCUGCAACAGUUCGCAAGCCAAGACAGGUUGCAGAAAUGCCGGCAGCCAACGUGGUAGAAAUUGCCAACCAGCUAGCCCAGCUGAUUCACCUUGCACCGCCUCCCGGAAGGACUAAGGCUACCUCCGAUCAGAGUUUCUUUUCGGCGGUUGACGAAAUCCUUGGAUGGGAAGUUGAACAUCAAGAUUUCUUUCAGGCGAACCUUAAAGGCUUGCCGUUUGUUAACCAAACCUUCCAUGGUGAAUUCCACACAGAGCCCAUCCAAGGUGAUAUUCGGUUUGAGAACGAUGAGCUGGCCCCGGCUGCGUUACCACCGCGGUCUCCCAUGGCAACUCGCAAAAGGGCAGCUUUCCUCGCCCCAGCACCACUGCGGCAAACUGUGAAACAGCCGAUUCAAGAGCGUCGCUUGGCGAAGGUGGAUGGUGCCCCCAUUGUCGAUAAAGGAAUCUCGCCAGCAGCCCGGCGACUAGCACGUCGACAGCGACAUACGCGUCCAUUGCCCGAAGAUAUGGCGCGCAAGCUCAUGCUUGCUAUAGUUGCGGUUCGAGUUCUUGCAGGAGGCACGGAGGGCAGAGUGAUUGACUGGGGUCUUGUGGCUCUGGCUUUCCCAGAUCACGAUCCGAAGCUCAUUGACGACCGGGCGCGGCAUGUCCUGAGUAAAUCCCGCCUGCAAAUCAUGAAGAUGCUGCGGGAUUUCCAGGAGCGAUUCAUUGAUGCCUAUGCCAAAGACGAGGUUCCCCCGAUUGACUAUGGGAACUUGGUCAGCUAUGACUGGCCCGGCGUGGUCGAAUGGGCCAACACCGAACUGGAUGCUUCUGUGUCCGAGAAACUCCCAGAUCUGCCAGCUACCCGGGAGCAGUUUGACAGCGUCUUUGAGCUACGGGAAGAGUCCAUGAAUGAUGAUCUGUGGCAGAUCAAUCCGGGCACUACCGUCAACCAGAAACGCAGACAUAUGGCCGAGGUUCCAUUUGCCGUCCUCGUGGACGAAAAGCCCAGCGUUCCUAGUCGUCGAAAGACAGAGCUUGCGCGGUUGGAUGUCACCAAGACGUGGGUACGUGCCAACAUUGUGGCCCCGGAAGAAACCUAUCGACCGGCAGAAGCCAAGCAGACGCUGGAGCGGUUCGGCGAGUCGCUCAUCACCAGCGCCACGCAGUCAUUGCUGACCGAGCGUGUGAUCGGCAUGGGCAAUCGCGGCCGUAUUGCCCCCGGCCGCAAUUACGAUAUCACGGAUCACUUCCUCCAAAUCUUGACACGGAAACGUACCAUCGACAGCACGCAGCUGCGGUGCGCAGCGCAUUUCAAAACCACCAUCCUCGACCCCCAGCUACAGCGCACCGGCGUCUUUUCCGUGCAAUAUCACGCCGAUGACGGCCACAUUCUCGCCCUGGUCAACCUCGCAACCACAGGGCGUAUCACCAUGCGGCCGUGCGACCCCCCGCGUGACCGAUUCGGUCUCACCGAGGGCGGCUACCUGACGCGCCAGAUCGAUAAAACCCGGCUGCAUUUCGCCAUCGAAGUCCGUCCCCAUGCCAGCUAUGUGUACGGCAAUCCGGUGGCCGAUCGCGCUGCCACUGUAACCCGACCAUUGCCUCCGCUGCCGCAGGUUGCGGGCUUCCCGCCCAAGAUCCCGCUGUGGUUCGACAUCCAUGGUGCCUUGGUGCCGCGGCUCUGGGAGAUGAUUGUGGGCUCUGUCUUGGGGUGUCUGGCCAUGCGGCAGGGCGCCAGUGCCGAGAUUGUCUCGGGCAUGAUCAAGCCUACCAUGGGCGCGUGGGAGACCUUGCUACUGCUGGAGUGGCUGGCCGAGGUGGGCGUCGUGCGCUGCUGCUACGGGAGCGGCGAGCAGGCUGGGUGGGUUCUGUUGGAAUGGUGGUGGAUGGUUCUACCGUAA